CAGGAUGAAUGCUAAUUUCCAAGAUGGCGGCGGAGGGAGGAGGGAAGGAGAUGAACGAAAUUAAAACUCAGUUCACUACCCGGGAAGGCGUCUACAAACUCCUCACUCACUCCGAAUACAGCCGCCCAAACAGGGUGCCUUUCAAUUCCCAGGGUUCGAACCCAGUGAAAGUCUCUUUCGUCAACGUGAAUGACCAGUCCGGCAACGGCGACAGGAUCUGUUUCAAUGUGGGCCGGGAGCUCUACUUCUACAUCUACAAAGGCGUCAGGAAGGCUGCUGACUUGAGCAAGCCCAUAGACAAGAGGAUAUAUAAGGGAACACAGCCCACCUGUCACGACUUCAACCACCUGACUGCCACGGCCGAGAGUGUGUCCCUGCUGGUGGGCUUCUCCGCUGGCCAGGUGCAGCUCAUAGACCCCAUCAAAAAAGAGACUAGCAAGCUGUUCAAUGAAGAGAGACUAAUAGACAAGUCGCGGGUGACCUGUGUGAAAUGGGUGCCGGGCUCUGAGAGCCUGUUUCUGGUAGCGCAUUCCAGUGGUAACAUGUACCUCUACAACGUGGAGCACACCUGUGGUACCACAGCACCCCAUUACCAGCUGCUUAAGCAGGGCGAGAGCUACUCUGUGCACACGUGCAAGAGCAAAUCUACCCGCAACCCCCUGCUCAAGUGGACAGUGGGUGAGGGGGCACUCAAUGAAUUUGCCUUCUCACCAGAUGGGAAAUUCUUAGCUUGUGUGAGCCAGGAUGGCUUUCUGCGUGUCUUUAACUUUGAUGCUGUGGAGCUGCAUGGGACCAUGAGAAGCUACUUUGGCGGACUGCUCUGCGUGUGCUGGAGCCCCGAUGGCAAGUACAUUGUAACGGGUGGUGAGGACGACCUCGUCACUGUCUGGUCAUUCCUGGACUGCCGGGUGAUCGCACGCGGUCAUGGACACAAGUCGUGGGUCAGUGUGGUGGCCUUUGACCACUACACGACAAGUGUGGAGGAGACUGAUCCCACAGAGUUCAGUGGCAGUGAUGAGGACUUCCAGGACCAGAUCCACUUUGGGCGCGAUCGAGCAAACAGCACUCAAUCCCGGCUCUCCAAGCGGAACUCUAUGGACAGUCGACCGGUCAGUGUAACAUACCGCUUUGGUUCAGUGUGCCAGGACACGCAGUUGUGUCUGUGGGACCUGACGGAGGAUAUUCUUUUCCCUCACCUCCCGCUGUCCCGGACAAGGACGCACACCAACGUUAUGAAUGCCACGGGACUCUCUGUGGGAGGGGGUGGAGUUGGGGGCGUGGCCUCUGCAGCCAACAACCCUGGCACUAAUGGCAGCAGCGGCACCAACCCGACAGCAAGUUCCCUCCCUGCCACGCUGCCACGCUCAAACAGCCUGCCGCACUCAGCUGCAGCAACUGCUUCUGCUGGCGGCAGCAGCAAGGGCAGCGCCCCCGAUGGUGCCGUGGCCUCCAGCGUCAGCAAGUUCGCCACGCUUUCGCUGCAUGAACGCAAGGAGCGGCACCACGAGAAGGAUCACAAACGCAACCACAGCAUGGGACACAUCAGCAGCAAGAGCAGUGACAAACUGAACCUGCUCACCAAAACCAAAGCAGACCCCGCAAAGACUCUGGGCACCAUGCUGUGUCCCCGCAUGGAAGAUGUACCCUUGCUAGAGCCGCUCAUCUGUAAAAAGAUAGCACACGAAAGACUUACUGUCUUGAUUUUUCUUGAGGACUGUAUAGUCACAGCCUGUCAAGAGGGAUUUAUUUGCACAUGGGCACGGCCUGGCAAAGUGGGUUUAUUGUCAUCCCAAAACCAGGCCAACUCUCCCAGUGGGACUGUAGUAUAGCCACCACGUUUCUGCUGCUACGAAACCUCCGUCACCAAGAUGUACUGUCGCCAGAGCCUGACGCUGUCCUUCACCUGCACAGCAUCACAAGUUGUCGGGUUGUAGUUUUCUGUUUCUCUUCCCCCACCACUCAGUUUAGUCAGACUUGGAUUUGGUCAAAAUCUACAAGCUGAUGAUAAGAGUGAGGGGGAAAAUUUUGGAUAGUAGUUAAUGUCCCAGACAUGUCAUAUUUAUUUUCCCCCCUCAGAGUCUGUUUGUUUGUCACAUCCACCUCCUUCCUGUGUUUUUGUCCACUGAGGGUAGCCACUUUGACAAUAUGGAUGCAAGAGUGGUGGGAACAGGUGGGGUUUACCAGUCAGCCAUUCCUGUGUUUUUCAUAUGGCCUAAUCCCAUCAUGCAUGCACAAGCUGACAGUGACCAGUGAGUAGGAGAAGGAUGGCUCCUGUUCCAAAAGUAGUUUUUUUUUUUUUUUUUUU